AUGCAACGCCUCAAUCCACGUUAUCAACUUGACUAUCGUACGAUGCUUCAACUAGCCGAUACGACUGCUCGACAAUAUCGUAUUGUCAUUGGUUCAGAAACAUUGCCUACUCUACUACUACGUGUUGUCGAUAGUAAUCCUUCGUUUAGGAAUAACCAAGAGCCUAGAUCAAGAUUUAAUGAUUUAGCCAAUAAAAAGAAUUCUGUAUAUACGGGAAAAAUUAUUGUUAACUUAAAUGCUCGACGGAUUGAUGUUGAAGCGAUAAAUAUACGUCUGAUUACGGGUGAACGUGAAAAUGUUGUCUAUGUAGAAUUUUUAACUGAUUCAGAAACGAGCAUACAAGAAUUACUUCAACGUUUGACUAUCUAUGGAAAGUCACGCAAUGUUCAAUUACUACAACUUAUUGAUCUUAAUCAAUUAUCGGCUGAAAGUGCUUAUAAUGAAAAAGAAAAAUUUGAAAUAUUAAAGGAACGUCUCGAUGAAUGUGCAGCUUAUCGUCGUUCCAUAAGUGAAGGUAAUUCAUCAAUGGGUCGAUCAACAAAUCUAUCUUUAAUUAAUCAUAAUGUCUACACAUAUGUUAAAGAUAAAUUUGUAAGUGCAUAUAUACAAUCAUCAACAUCCAUUAAUAACGAUCAAAAUAAAGAUAUGGUUAUCAAUGAAGAAAAAUGGUCUGUAAUGGUCAUACGCGAUCCAUUUCUUCUGCGGCAAUUUUGUGAUAAUGACGCAUUUACACGUUCGGUAAGCGAAAUUGAAGAAGAAGAAGCUGCAAUGCGCCGUGCCGAUCAACCAAUUAAAUGUGUCCAAUGUAAUGAUUUUUAUCUUGAACAAGAUAAUAAGAUGGCUGCAAUAGCACAGUUAUUGAAAGAAGAAGCAGAAGCUGUUAAACACUCAACAACAAAUGCUUUGACACCCGAACAAAAAGAACGUUUAGAACGUGAGAAACAACGUUUUAAAUAUAUUUCUUGUAAUCAGAUCGUACAAGCUUCUGAUAUGAUGGGCGGUUGCCAACGUGGCAAACAUAGUCCAGCCAAUGUUACACUCAUUCAAUGGGAAUAUUCAUGUGAUCAUAAUAGAGAAUAUCAAGAUAAACGAUUGGCUUUACUUCAAAGCAGAAUUCAAUAG